AUGGAAUCCGCAGAGUCGGAAUUAGGGCUUCCCAGCAACUACAGGUUUGAGAUUGACAAGUGUGUGAGGCGCAUCAAAGAGAAGAAUGCGACACGUGUUGCGCUUCAGUUUCCUGAGGGACUUCUUAUGUUUGCAGCUCCCAUCGCUGACAUAUUAGAGGCGAAAACGGGCGCAGAAAUGGUGAUAUUAGGUGAUGUCACGUAUGGUGCGUGUUGCGUGGAUGAUUACUCGGCGGUGGCGUUGGGAUGCGAUUUCUUGAUUCAUUACGGCCACAGUUGUCUCAUUUCCAUCAAGGACUGCCUUAUUAGUAGCAUGAUGUACGUCUUUGUGGAAAUAGAAAUUGAUAUUCAACACUUCGUGGACACCGUAAGGCGUCUCGUCUCACCUGAGACUCGUUUAGCGUGUAUUGCCACCAUCCAGUUUGUAUCGUCGAUGCGGGCUGGGAUGCAGAUGCUAAGGGACCACUUCCAGCACCCUGUAAUUAUCCCACAGAACCGCCCACUCUCGAGCGGCGAGAUACUUGGCUGCACAAGCCCCGUGGUGGAUCCGGCAACUGUUGACAUGGUGCUUUACGUGGGUGAUGGGAGGUUCCACCUGGAAUCAUUUCUCAUAGCUCACCCAACGCUAAAUGCACUACAGUAUGACCCCCACAAUAAAACAUUAACGAAGGAGAGUUACAACACAACCGAAAUGCGUACAUUACGGAAGGAGGCAGUUAAAAAGGGCAUGUCGGCCAAAAGCUUUGCUCUUAUAAUGGGUACACUUGGUCGCCAAGGCAGUCCACGCAUUUCGACCGUAUCAUACAG